UUGUAGUGGUGCUGGCUUAAUACAAACUGUUAGAAAUGUUGUUUCUGUAAGUAUAAAAAUACAGUUUUUGAAUCAGGUCAUUAUCAUCUUUAUAGUCGUGACUAAGUUUUCAAGCAAGCAGUGAUAUCUGGAGGAGUAUCAUCUUAACUGAGAUCUGCUGCUGUGAAGAUGGUGUUUGUUAAAGAGGAGAGUGAGGAGGACACGAGUGAACCAGAACCCCGGAGAAUAAAACACGAAGAACCAGAACCCUGCAGAAUAAAACACGAGGAACCAGAAACCUGGAGAAUAAAACACGAGAAACCAGAACCCCGUAGAAUAAAACUCAAGGAACAAGGAGAUUGUAUUGAAGAAAGUGAGGAGAAUGAAGAAUUGAGUGAAGAUGAAGUGAAACGUGUCAAAACUGGAGAAAAAUCUGUGAGUUGCUCUCAAACCAAACAGAAAGAUUUAAAGAAAAGAGGAGCCAAUAAAUAUUUCACCUGCACUCAGUGUGGAAGGAGUUUGACAUGCAAAUAUAGUCUUGAUGUUCACAUGAGAGUUCAUACUGGAGAGAAACCAUUCAUUUGUGAUCAGUGCGGGAAGAGUUUCUCACAAUCGUUAAGCCUUAAGGAUCACAUGAACAUCCACACUGGAGAAAAACCAUACACAUGUGAUCAGUGCGGGAAGAGUUUCACACAAAAAGGAAGCCUUAUGACACAUAUUAGAAUUCAUACAGGAGAGAAACCGUUCACAUGUAAUCAAUGUGGAAAGAGUUUUGCAUUCUUAGCAAACUUUAAGGUACACAUGAACAUCCACACUGGAGAGAAACCUUACAAGUGUUCACACUGUGACAAGAGAUUCAGUCAGUCAACAACUCUGAAAACACAUGAGAGGAUCCACAUUGGAGAGAAACCGUACACAUGUGAACAGUGCGGGAAGAAUUUUGCACGAAAAGGAAUCCUUAUGACACAUAUGAGAGUUCAUACAGGAGAGAAACUGUACACAUGUAUUCAAUGUGGAAAGAGUUUGAAAUGCAAAUAUAGUCUUGAUGUUCACAUGAGAGUUCAUACGGGAGAGAAACCGUUCACAUGUGACCAGUGCGGGAAGAGUUUCACACAAUCAGCAAGCCUUAAGAGACACAUGAAUAUCCACAAUGGAGAGAAACUGCACACAUGUGAUCAAUGUGGCAAAACAUUUUUGUGGGCUUCAGUCCUGAAGAAACACCUGACAGUUCAUACAAAGGAGAAGCCACAUUCAUGUUAUUUAUGUGGAAAGAGUUUUUCAUGUUUACAAAGUUUGAAAGUACAUCAGAAAAUACAUACUGGUGUGAGAGAGUACGUGUGCUGUGAGUGUGAAAAGACUUUUACUUCAGCAAACUGUUUAAAACUGCACCAGAGGAUUCAAACUGGAGAAAAACCUUACAAGUGUUCACACUGUGACAAGAGAUUCAGUCAGGCAUCGCAUCUGAAAACACACAAGAGGAUCCACACUGGAGAGAAACCGUAUCACUGCACUGCAUGUGGGAAGUGUUUCAAUCGUUCAUCUGCUCUACACAGACAUACAAAAAACAUUCACAAUGUUUAACUCUUUCCCCGCCAGCAUUUUU